AUGACCAAACAUCAGGUAUGCAUGAUCGGCUCCGGCAACAUGGGUUCCGCCAUGGCAAAAAUCAUCGGCUCCAACGUUGCUAACAUGCCAGAGUUCGACCCAAUCGUUAAAAUGUACACAUAUCCAGAAAAGCUCGAUGAUGGCAGCAAUAUCGUCGAUUCUAUCAACGAGUUCCAUGAGAACAAGAAAUACCUCCCAGGAGUUCCUCUUCCACACAACGUUCUUGCUGUUGGUGACGUUAAGGAAUCCUGCAAGGGCUGUGACUACAUUGUCAUUGUUACACCACACCAGUUCCUUCCAGGCCUUCUUAAGCAGAUGAUUGGCCUCAUCCCAGAAACAGCAACAGCUAUUUCUCUCAUCAAGGGCGUUACACUCAAGGACGACUCAAUUUCUACAGUUACAGACACAGUUACAGAGAUCCUUGGCAUCCCAUGCGGUGCUCUCAUGGGUGCUAACAUCGCCAACGACUGUGCUCACGAACAAUUCUGCGAAUCCACAAUCGCCUUCAAGGAUCCAUCUCUCGGUGAGCUCUGGAAGCCAAUCUUCAACACACCAGUCUUCAGAAUCAAGGUUAUCGAUGACCUCGUUCUUCAGCAGCUUUGCGGCACAUUCAAGAACAUCUACGCUACAGGUGUUGGCUUCCUCGAUGGCCUUGGCCUCGGUGAGUCAACAAAGGCCGCUUUCAUCCGCAUUGGUAUGGAAGAAACCUUCAAGUUCGCUAACUGGUACUUCCCAGAUUCCGGAUGCAAGAUGGAGACACUCCUUGAAUCCUGCGGUGUCGCAGACUUCAUCUGCACAUCAUACGGUGGCCGCAACCGCAAGUGCGCUGAGGCCUUCGUAAAGACAGGCAAAUCUCUCGAAGAACUCGAGAAGGAAAUCCUCAACGGCCAGAAGCUCCAGGGUGUUCUCGCUGCUAAGGAAGUCGCUACACUCCUUAAGAUCCGUGGAAACUUCAAGGAAUAUCCACUCCUUGUUACAAUCCACAUGAUUGCUACAAAGCAGAUCGAACCAAAAAUGAUCCUCGAGUACGAUGGUGACCACGUUGAUCAGUUAAAGGUUGAGUAA